ACAGUCGGGUGCGAUUGGUCACCCCUGGCGGAGCCGCACCUCGGACAGCAGCAGCGGCGGCAGCCUAGAGUCCUGCGUGGAGAGUGGGGCGCGACGGGGACUCGCGGGCGGAGGCUGCGCGUGGGGACUCAGCACGCGAAGACCCAGCACGAGAGCGGCUCCGGGCACGAGUGAGAGGAGGCGUCGGCGCCGGGGCUGCGGGUGACAGCGCUGAGACUUUCCAUACGUGAGCUUCAGACAGAAGACGCUGUAGAUUUGAAAACUAAAAUGUGAAGACAACCUGACUGCUCUUCAUACUCAAGGAAGCAGGUGUGUCCUGACUGGGAUUGUAAGUGAGGAGAGGCUGAUGCUACAAUGCACCUGAGCCAUACCACGGGUUCUGUGCCAUACAUCAAAAGGGACUGAAGGUUUAAAAGAAUAAAAAUCGUAGUCAAUGAGAGAGACAAAAGGACUGGGUCAUCAAAAAGCAUUGUGCUUGCCACGCCGGCCACCAUGCGUAAAGGGAUACUGAAGGACCCGGAGAUUGCCGAUCUAUUCUUCAAGGAUGACCCUGAAGAGCUUUUUAUUGAUUUGCAUGAGAUUGGACAUGGGAGCUUCGGAGCCGUGUACUUUGCAACAAAUGCGCACACCAACGAGGUGGUUGCUGUUAAGAAAAUGUCCUACAGUGGGAAGCAGACCCAUGAGAAAUGGCAAGAUAUUCUUAAGGAAGUUAGAUUUCUGCAGCAGCUGAAGCAUCCAAACACAAUCGAGUACAAAGGGUGUUAUUUAAAGGAGCACACGGCUUGGCUGGUGAUGGAGUACUGCUUAGGGUCAGCCUCUGACUUGUUAGAAGUUCAUAAGAAACCACUUCAGGAAGUGGAGAUUGCUGCUAUCACCCAUGGUGCCUUGCAGGGGCUGGCCUACCUCCACUUUCACUCCCUGAUUCACAGGGACAUUAAAGCAGGAAAUAUCCUUCUAACAGAGCCAGGCCAGGUGAAGCUGGCUGACUUUGGAUCCGCCUCCAUGGCUUCUCCUGCCAACUCCUUCGUGGGGACUCCUUACUGGAUGGCCCCGGAGGUGAUCUUGGCCAUGGAUGAAGGGCAGUAUGAUGGGAAGGUCGACAUCUGGUCGCUCGGCAUCACCUGCAUAGAGCUGGCCGAGCGGAAGCCUCCCCUCUUCAACAUGAACGCCAUGAGUGCCCUCUACCACAUUGCUCAGAAUGACUCCCCCACGCUGCAGUCCAGGGAAUGGACAGACUCCUUCAGGAGAUUCGUUGAUUACUGCUUGCACAAAAUACCUCAGGAAAGACCAGCCGCGGUGGAACUGUUACGGCACGACUUCAUUCGGAGGGAGCGGCCACCGAGGGUCCUCAUUGACCUCAUACAGAGGACAAAAGAUGCUGUCCGAGAGCUGGACAACCUGCAGUACAGGAAAAUGAAGAAGAUCCUCUUCCAGGAGACUCGGAACGGACCCUUGAACGAGUCACAAGAAGAAGAAGAAGACAGUGAGCAAGGAAGCAACCUGAACCGAGAGAUGGACAGUCUGGGUAGCAUCCACUCCAUCCCCAGCGUGUCAGUGAGCACAGGCAGCCGGAGCAGCAGCGUGAACAGCAUGCAGGAGGUCAUGGACGAGAGCAGCCCUGAGCUCGUCAUGAUGCAGGAGGAUGAAGGCACAGUCAACUCCAGCUCCUCCUUGGUACAUAAGAAGGAUCAUGUAUUCGUAAGGGAUGAGGCGGGCCACGGCGAUCCCAGGCCUGAGCCGCGGCCUACCCAGUCAGUUCAGAGCCAGGCCCUCCACUAUCGGAACCGAGAGCGCUUUGCCACGAUCAAAUCCGCGUCUUUGGUUACACGGCAGAUCCAUGAGCAUGAGCAGGAGAACGAGUUGCGGGAACAGAUGUCAGGUUAUAAGCGGAUGCGGCGCCAGCACCAGAAGCAGCUGAUCGCCCUGGAGAACAAGCUGAAGGCUGAGAUGGAUGAGCACCGCCUCAAGCUCCAGAAGGAGGUGGAGACGCAUGCCAACAACUCGUCCAUCGAGCUGGAGAAGCUGGCCAAGAAGCAAGUGGCUACCAUAGAAAAGGAGGCAAAGGUAGCCGCAGCAGAUGAGAAGAAGUUCCAGCAGCAGAUCCUGGCCCAGCAGAAGAAGGACUUGACAACUUUCUUAGAAAGUCAGAAGAAGCAGUACAAGAUUUGUAAGGAGAAAAUAAAAGAGGAAAUGAACGAGGACCACAGCACACCUAAGAAGGAGAAGCAGGAGCGGAUAUCGAAGCAUAAAGAAAACCUGCAGCACACGCAGGCUGAGGAGGAGGCCCAGCUGCUCACUCAACAGAGGCUGUACUACGACAGAAACUGCCGCUUCUUCAAGCGGAAAAUAAUGAUCAAGCGCCAUGAGGUGGAACAGCAGAACAUUCGGGAGGAACUGAAUAAAAAGAGGACCCAGAAGGAAAUGGAGCACGCCAUGCUGAUCCGGCAUGAUGAAUCCACCCGAGAGCUGGAGUACAGACAGCUGCACACACUGCAGAAGCUCCGCAUGGAUCUGAUCCGGUUACAGCACCAGACGGAGCUGGAGAACCAGCUGGAGUACAAUAAGAGGCGGGAACGGGAGCUGCACCGGAAGCACGUCAUGGAGCUUCGGCAACAGCCGAAAAACUUAAAGGCCAUGGAAAUGCAAAUUAAAAAACAGUUUCAGGACACUUGCAAAGUACAGACCAAACAGUACAAAGCACUCAAAAAUCACCAGUUGGAAGUCACUCCAAAGAAUGAGCACAAAGCAAUCUUAAAGACACUGAAGGACGAGCAGACGAGGAAACUGGCCAUUUUGGCCGAGCAGUAUGAACAGAGUAUAAACGAGAUGAUGGCCUCUCAAGCGUUGCGGCUAGACGAGGCGCAAGAGGCAGAGUGCCAGGCCUUGAGACUGCAGCUCCAGCAGGAAAUGGAGCUGCUCAAUGCCUACCAGAGCAAGAUCAAGAUGCAGACGGAGGCCCAGCACGAGCGCGAGCUGCAGAAGCUAGAGCAGAGGGUGUCCCUGCGCAGAGCGCAUCUUGAGCAGAAGAUUGAAGAGGAGCUGGCCGCCCUGCAGAAGGAACGCAGUGAGAGGAUCAAGAUUCUCCUGGAAAGACAAGAGCGAGAGACCGAGACUUUUGACAUGGAGAGCCUCAGAAUGGGGUUUGGGAAUUUGGUGACAUUAGAUUUUCCUAAGGAGGACUAUAGAUGAGAUUAAAUUUUUUUGCCAUUUA